UUUAAACUCGGUAGCUCUUGCUCCUGGGCUGUCUCUCUCCUGCCGGAUGCCUCGCCCUCAUUUUUACCUGUGCAUUUGCAUGUUUGACCUAGCAGAAUAAUUGGGUCCACAGCAGCAACAUGGGCGUGCCUCCCUUAGAAACACUUGGUUUCAUGUGUGACUCAUAAGCUGAAACAGACACACUUCCCCAAUCUACAGGAGCCAUUUUAACACGGCUAGCCGGGUCGCUUUUUAGUUUUAAGCCCAGAGGACGAAACCUGAAGACAAAGUUUAAAGGGACAAGAAGUCCAAGUGAAUGAUUUUAGAAAAAGUGCCUGUUCGCUUAGAAUGCCAAUGCACCAAGCAAAUCUGAAGUACUCCGUUCGCUGAAGAGCGGCUUGUGGGCAGUAACUUGACAGCCGUGCCUGGAAGGCUGUCCCCAGACUACACUGCACCCUCCCUGCUGCUCCAGACUUGAAGCUGCUUGGGACUUUUCUCAUGUGGAUCUAAGGGGAAUGCUGUACUAUGGCUGCUGUUGUCCAACAGAACGACCUAGUGUUUGAAUUUGCAAGUAACGUCAUGGAGGAUGAGCAGCAGCUUGGCGAUCCUGCUAUAUUUCCUGCUGUCAUUGUGGAACAUGUUCCUGGUGCUGAUAUUCUCAAUAGCUAUGCUGGCCUAGCCUGUGUGGAAGAGCCUAAUGACAUGAUUACUGAGAGCUCACUGGAUGUUGCUGAAGAAGAAAUCAUAGAAGACGACGAUGACGACAUCACCCUUACAGUUGAGGCUUCUUGUCAUAAUGGAGAUGAAACAAUUGAGACCAUUGAGGCUGCCGAGGCACUCCUCAAUAUGGAUUCUCCCAGCCCUAUACUGGAUGAAAAGCGAAUCAAUAAUAAUAUAUUUAGCUCCUCUGAAGAUGACAUCGUUGCCCCAAUCACCCAUGUGUCGGUCACAUUAGAUGGGAUUCCUGAAGUGAUGGAAACUCAGCAAGUGCAAGAGACAAAUGCUGACUCCCCAGGAGCCUCCUCCCCAGAGCAGCCUAAAAGAAAGAAAGGAAGAAAAACAAAACCACCACGGCCAGAUUCCCCAGCUACUACACCAAAUAUAUCUGUGAAAAAGAAAAAUAAAGACGGGAAGGGAAAUACAAUUUACCUUUGGGAGUUUUUACUGGCACUGCUUCAGGACAAAGCUACCUGUCCUAAGUACAUCAAAUGGACACAGCGGGAAAAAGGCAUUUUUAAGCUGGUCGAUUCUAAAGCCGUGUCUAGAUUGUGGGGGAAGCACAAAAACAAACCUGAUAUGAACUAUGAGACCAUGGGGAGAGCUCUCAGGUACUAUUACCAAAGAGGUAUUCUUGCAAAAGUGGAAGGUCAGCGCUUGGUGUAUCAGUUUAAAGAAAUGCCAAAAGAUCUUAUAUACAUAGACGAUGAGGAUCCGAGUUCCAGCAUCGAGUCUUCAGAUCAGUCCUUAUCAUCAACAACCUCUUCAGGUCGGAAUCAAGCAAGCCGAUCAAGAGGAUCUGCAAGUCCAGGAAUCAAAGCAGGGGCCACUACAGUUCUAAAACCAGGGAAUUCUAAAGCUGCAAAACCCAAAGAUCCCGUGGAAGUUGGACAGCCUUCCGAAGUUCUGAGGACAGUGCAGCCCUCACAGGCUCCCUACCCUACCCAGCUCUUCCGGACUGUUCAUGUAGUACAGCCAGUACAAGCCGUCCCAGAAGGAGAGGCAGCCCUCACUGGCACCAUGCAGGAGGAGGCAGCAAAUUCUUCCCUUCAAAAUAUUAGGACGAUACAGGCUUCGACCCAGGUUCCAGUAGUGGUGUCUCCUGGCAGCCAACAGUUACAUACAGUAACAGUGCCGCUCACGACAGUCAUAGCCAGCAUAGACCCGUCAUCAGGUGCAGGGUCUCAGAAAUUUAUCUUACAAACCAUUCCAUCACCACAGCCCAUGACCGUACUGAAAGAAAACGUCAUGCUACAGUCCCCGAAGCCAGGCUCUCCUCCUUCAAUUGUCUUCAGCCCCACCCAAGUACAGCAGGUCCUCACAAGCAGUGUUCAGUCCAUUUGCAAUGGAGUGGUCAGUGUGGCAUCGUCGCCGUCGUUCAGCGCUACAACACCUGUGGUGACGUUCUCUCGGAGUUCACAGCUGGUUGCACACCCACCUGGCACUGUGAUCACUUCUGUUAUCAAAGCUCAGGAAACAAAAACUCUUAAGCAAGAGGUGGAGAAGGUGGCCGACGAUCAUUUGAAUGAGGAUGCUGAGAACACUGACCAGCAGCCCCAGCCUUAUGUGAUGGUGGUAUCCAGUUCAAAUGGGUUUUCCUCUGAGGUGGCCAUCAAACACAAUGAACUGCUAGAGCCCAACUCUUUUUAAUUAAUAUACCAAAGGUAUUAUGCGUGGUUAUUUUUUUAAUUGAACUCAUUUUUCGGUUGUCUGACCAUAACAUGAUCUUUUUCUAAGAUAAAAUCUACAGAAGUUCCUAGUUUUAUAAUUGUUAAAAAGUUACUUUUGACUUUGCUAGAUAAGGAGGAAACCCCAAGUGUGUCUCUUCUCUAAGUGUUUCAGAACUUAGUUGUGAAGGAGCAGGAGUUUUAUACGAUGAAGAAAUUCUUGAGAUAUUUUUUCAGUUGCUGUAUCAUAAGUAUUUUUAAAGUUUCUUUUCUAGCUUGACACUGUACUAGCUUCAUGAA